GUGGUGGUGGUGGUGGUGGAAGGAAGGAAGAAAAGACGAAGAACGAGAGGCCUGGUCUCAUAGGAGGGCAUCGAUCUCGAGAUCUCUUCCGGUAAUUCAGGAUCGAACCCCGGGGCUGCGAAGGUCGCUGAUGUCCGCUACGUGCCCUGACCCUACCCCUGCCAGUUCGCCGUCACCCGAGCGCAGCAGAGCAAUCGGAACACCCCCGACGCCGCAGCACGUCACUCUACGCCUCGAUCCGAUCAGAGGGAGCGAGUAUCUGGCGGCGGUGAAGCCCGUACGAUACUCGUUGCACACCACGCGCUUGUACGCCCGGAAGAACCUAGUCGGCACCACUGCUGCUGUAUCGUCGAUCAGCUCGACCACCCCUCUGAAUGUCUUCGCACAUCCAAAAGUCGUGCGUGGUGAGGACACAGGGGCUUGAAGCGACAUUGAGUGACAGCAAAAAGAAGUACGGCGACAAGGUGAAUGCACUUCUGUCCGCCUGGGAGCAUGUCACCAAUUUCAUUCCUGGGGCAACGCCAGAGGCCACCCAGUCUCUCAUAGAAUGGGCUCACAAACACACAUUGAAAUUGGUUCUGCGCGGGGAGUGGCCGAAGUUGUCACCCGCGACAAAGACGCACCUCAGCGUGACCUUACAGAGGUGCGCGUCUCACCUGGUGCAACACCCCGCUGCACCCAGGUGCACUGCCCUGAUAGCUCUGGUGCACAAUCCAUGGACUCAUCCCGCGCUCGACAGCAUACUUAACGGCCAACCGGAUUCCGAACAUGAGGAGGAAUUCUGUUGUUCGGAGAAAGGCGAACUGUUAACAAUGAGGCUGAAAAUACUUUGCGAGGACCGCUGCGAGGACAUAGCGGUGAACCUCGCCGCCGCUUGCGUACGUUCCCUCCGGCGGAGCGAUCGUCUGCGCUCGCUCUCGGAUUCUCAUCACGUUCAUUACAUGAUCGACGUCUAUAUUGUCCUAUUGUAUAAAUUGAAACGCACGCAAGAUAUAUUCGCUCAAUUAAAAUUAAUGGAUCUCAGCGACGGUUUGGAAUUGGUCCAGAGGCUUAGCGGCGAAAGACCGACGAAGUAUGGUACCGCGCGUGUUUGGCGAAAUUCGAUGAAGGCCGCCGAAUUGGUUGCACAAUAUCUCGUCACCGCUGGCAUGGUGCGUCCCGUGCCGGAGACGGGCGCGGUCAUUUUAGAACAGAUCCUGAAUUCAUGGGCGUCGUUGCACUCAAAAUUAAAGGACAUCGCGCCCACGUUACCGGGCAUGGUACGGAAGCUGAUCGAGCCUGCCGAGAGCGCCCAGCAUAUUUACAUCUUUUGCGCGGUGCUCGCGAAACACUUCGGCGACAACAUAAAACCAGUGGUGAUCGAGCUGUACAUCAGGGCGUUGACGACGGACAUGAACGAGAUGGAGAGUCAGAAGGCGAAGUCGGACAAGGAGAAGUUUCGCGAGACCGCGAAACGUCUGAGCGCGCAAUUCCUGAAACUGGCCGACGUGGUCGGCAGCAACAUCGGUAUCGCGCGGGAAUGCGUCUUGACAGCGUUCUCGUUACAUCCCACUAGGAUUUGUUACGACAAAAUCAAGGAGAUCGCGGUGGCAUGUGGGAAAACGAAAGAGGACGGUACAGUGUCCGGCGAAGGGGAGAAGCUCAGACACGCGUUGGAGAACAGUCACGGUGGCGUGGCGUUGUCGAAGACGACGGUGAACGACACCGACGAAAAGAAAGAGGGAACGAGGACGGGGAACGUGGAAACGGUUUCGUCUUUGCGCGAUUCUUCGUUGCUUCCAGCCCCGUCGUUGCCUGAUUCGAUGACGUCCACGACCGCGGUCUCGUCGGCGGCGAAGAAGGGCAUAGACUUUCAGAACGGGCAAUUGAGCAAGACCUUCGAGCGCACCGAUCAGCUGCUGAAGAGCCUUUUGUCGAGCACGAAAAAGGGAGAAAUCGGUAUCUCGGCGAACGACAGGUGCCCAUUACACCCAAAGAGAGAUCCUUUGACCGGCGGUCCGCUCGGCGAGCUGUGCUUCAAUUGCGGCGAAUUCACCGGAAAUGAUAUCGUCGCUAGUAAAACAUCAUCGGAGACGAAUGAGCCAGCGAUGAGAAACGUGGAAAGGUCGCUGGAUGCCUUGAUUUUGAUCAAAGGGGACGCUGUCACCGGUUCGGCGAAUUACGACGAGAAAUCGGUACCGAAUCAGGUCCUCGAUGCGGGGAAACUCGGGCUGUCGCCGCAGCUAUGCGACGACUUGGCGGUGGUUUUGAGCAGUCCGCGAUACCACAUGCUUAGUUGGGUUCUGGAUUGGAAGGAGUUGAACGGCCUCUGCGAGAGAUACUUGGAGAACGCCGAGGAGAUGAGAAACACCAACAAGGAAUUGAAAUAUCUAAAUAUCGAUUACUCGCAAUUCAAGGAUUGGCCCUCGGAGGACGAAUCCAAGGACAUCUUCUUCGGCAUCGAGAAGGGGUACGAGCAGUGGGUCGAUCUGCCAUCUGACCAUUCGGAGCAAUUCGGGAGCUUUCAACCAGCUGGAACGUACAAAAGAUCCUCCACAAGACGAAGCCUGGACGACACCACCACCGAUUCGGACAGCGGUAGUAUGCUCCGUGUACGAAGAACAGGAAGACAAAGAAAGAUUCACAGACUGGAGUCCUCUGAGAGCGACUACGACAGCGCGGAGCGUAAAUUGAAACACUACAGGAACAGCUCAGUGUCGGACAGCGACAGUAACACGCAGGACAGUCAAACGGACAGUCUGGGCAGCGACGGAUGUCGGCUGGAUGGGAAAAAGAAAGCUGGUAAAACGCCCAACAAGGACUCGAACAAGAAACGUUCGAAGUCAACGAAGCUGACCGUCGAGUCCGUCUCGCAUUUCCAUAUGCUGGUCAACCAGAACGUACGACACGCGAACGCGAACGAGGAUGCCAGCGGAUCCGACGUGAGCAGCAACGACAUUAUCACUCUGUUCUCCGCCGACAUGGACGAGAACAAACGGGAGACGAUAAAGGGGUCCGCGUAUACGGCAGCCGCGCCGUUGAUCAUCACCGAGAGAAGAAGCGACCCGGCGGUACUUAAGUCCCUGAGAAUGUUCAGGCCGCAGAACACGAAGAAACCAACGAGAAUUUCGCAGAUACUGCAGAAGAACCUGUUGAACAAGAGUAAGGACAAUAAUAAUUUAGAGAAUAACGCCAGCAACGUGACGAAGUUCGCCCCGAUGCUGAGCACGCUGAACCUGAACCCGAAGAUCGUGUUGACCAGAGCGGACGAGAUCGACAGGCGGCUGAUCCAAUCGAAGAAACAGCAACGAUUGAGCACCGGUGACAUCACCAGCGAACUGAUGAACAUCCAGAAAAACAUGCCGUUCUCGCCUAACAAGAACGCGAUAUCGACGUAUCAGAAGCAGAAGGGAAAUGGCGGAACGAACACAGCCAAGUCUGAAUUAAGUUCCACCGACGUUCACGAUCUGAACUCCAAAUCCAGUCUGGGCAAAAGAAAAUUCGACAUUUUAGCGAAAGCAGUUAGAGACUCGGACAUCCUGGCGAAGAACGUGCCAGGUUUGAAUUCGUUGGACAUGAUGGUACCGCCUAGGAUGCGACCCACUGUCAACGUCGUGCAGCUUUCACGAAACAUUCCACAGAGCCCGAAUUCCGGCUCGGUUAACAGCGGCAACACACCACCGAGACCGAACAGAACUCCGAGCGUAGCCGGAAGCAUUCAGCUACCUGGAACGCCUUCCUCCGGUGGGCACGACAGCGGCGUUGGCAUGAGCCCAGCGGGUCAAACACCGCCUCCAAGAUCCUCGGCUCUUCCGGAUGUCGGCGAGGAGGCGAAUCAACCGCCGGAUGGCUCACCAACUUCCUCGACGACCACCACCGUGUCCAGUCAACUCGAAUCUGAUUCCAGUCCUAGAACAACAACUGGUUCGAUUCGUCGAAAUCAGCAGAAUCAGUCUCCAAAGAAGUCACCUUCCCCUUGUUCCGGUGUUACGACAACAACAACGACAACCACUACCACCUCGGCCAUUGGCUCGGCGGCGAUCGCGUCGGAGCAACUGCAGAUCGUCUGCAAGCCGGACGGCACUUACCAGCUGGCCUCCGUCAACCCAAAUGUCGUCACAAAUCAGAGGAACGUUCUCAACCUACAAAACAUAGAGGACGGUAGCGUCGGCGGGUUCUCACGGCAGAACCAACACUCGGAGAACGCGACCACAAACAGAAACGUCUACGAGAGAUUGACCGCCGCUAAGAGCAACGCGCAGUCGGGACAAAAUGCUGGUCUGCCCAAGUUUCAACAGGCUUUUCGAAAGACCAUAUACACUCUGUCCACGGACGCGUCGAGCGACGUCGCUGGGCCAACCGGGGAAACCCUGGUGCAAUCAGCGUCCCCGCAGAAAACAUCGAAUCUCUCGAAGGCGGUUCAGACGUCUGUUCCGAACGCCCAACAGACGAACUCGACCACCGGGAUCAACGUACAGUCGAUCGCGAACAUUCCGAACACGUUGCAAUUGUCCACCGGCAGGCAGAUCUUGAACAUCGUACAGAGCUCCGGGAACAACGCGAAUGUGACCACCACGCCGACUGCAAAUCAGACGCUGACGCAGCUGGUCCAGAGCGUUCAGAACGCUUCACCAGGAGUGAUAUACACGCACAAAAUUCCUGUCACGAUAUCCACCACGAAUCCAAGUCAGCUGAACAUCAUUCCUACUAUAUCGCACGCGAACUCAAUACCAGCCGGAAGAACGCCUGUGGUAAAAUUGAACAUCAUUCGAACUACCACGCCGUUGAGGCAGCAAAACAUUACCGGUGCUAUUCAGGCAGUUUUGACCACGCCUAGAUUGCAACAGCAACAGCAGCAACAACAACAGCAACAACAACCGCAGCAACAACAGCCUCAACCAGCAGUUAGGCCGGACAGUUUGAUCGGGUCGCCCAUAGAAGUGCCCAAUCAAGUCAGCUCGACCACUUUGGAACAGCUUAGAGAGUUCGAGAGCGUCUUGGAACAGGUAAAGGAGAGGAGUACUAUUCAACCACAGUCUCAUCAGUUGAUAUCCACUGCCGCCACGACCACCGUGCAAACGCAAACGACCACCCAACAGACGCAAGCCACCAAACAGCAGCAACAACAACAACAACAGCAGCAACAGGUUUCCGUAAGUGCUCUCGCGCAACAGCUCCUGAUGCCCACGCAACAAUCAACCAACACUGAUUUCGCGAGCAACGGGAACACCGUGAACUUCCAGCAGGACAUUUUUUCGCAGAAAGUCUCAUUAGCGUAUGUGAACCAGAGCCCAGGAAACAGCACCCCGAAGACCCCGAACACGACGCCAGUCGUCGUGGUCACGAGUUACUGCCAACCAGCCGCCUCGCCAGCUUUGAGCGUCACAUCUCAGAGUUCCUCGAGUCCCUGCGUGACACCAGCACCAGCGCCCAUACCAUCCGCCGUUAAGACACCACCGACACCACCUUCCGCGAAACAGGUGAAGAAGUCAACGCCGAAAACCGUGAAAACCAGCGCGACAAACACCUCAAAGGCCUCUCCGAUCCCGAAGCCACAGCAGAAACCGCAAGAGGACGAGCAAACCGCGCAGAGGAUCUACGCGAUCCUCGACGAGUACGCGGAACAACUUCGUAACUCGCCGGAUUUGAAUAACAAGCCAGCGCCUAGAAGACGAUCGAAUCCACCGACAAAUCCCAGCCAGUCCUCGAAACGGAAGAAAUCGAGCGCGAACAAGACAAAACCGGUCGGCCAACAAAACUCGGAGCUAAGCCCCAGCACCGACGAUCUCGGUCGGACCAUGGGCAGCGAGGAUUCCUCCAGCGGAGUGGUACAUGUACAGGACAGUCCUGCCGGUUUUCCAGCUCCUGAAGAACCAACGAGCAACGUCACGACCGUCAGCGACGCGAACGCCGAGGUCCGAAACUUAACACAGGACUCUAACGACGGGGUCGAACUGAAUGUCAAGAGGCGAAAUCUGAUAUUCGCCGAGCCCGGUUCCGGUCAGCCAAGAGCGGUAAUCGUUCAAGAGGCUGUGCAGACCGGUUCGGUGAGCGUAAGCGAAGCCCUAGCCUCGGUCACAGGUAAAAUGGGAAGCACCGCUGUCCUAGUACCGGGCACCAAUUACAUCCUGCCCAUGAACCUGAUGAAAGGCGGCCAACAAUUCACGAUAGUGUCCAGCGGAUCGAAACUGCUCGCCACCGUGCCCGCCACCGUACGCACCACCGGCAACACCGGUGUCUCGAACACCCUGGUGCUUCAGUCAUUUCUAAAUCAAGCGGGAAAGAUCAUUUCGCAGCCGGCUCAAAUGAAACAAGUUAAGAUACCAACGCUGCAAACGCUGUCGGGCAAUCAGACGUUAACAACCGCGCAGAACGUUCAGGGAGCCUCGGUGGUGAUCCCUCAAACUACCACCACCGGUCCGUUCGCCGGUGAUACGGGUACGGAGAAGAGCAACAUUAUCGGCGACUUGACCAUGGCGAAAACAAACGACGCUGUUACUGGCGGAGCAGUCACCGUCGAGCCAGCGACGAACGCGAUCGUCGUGAACAAAAGUACUUCCGCGAUCGGUCUGAUACAACGGAACUUGAACGAGGCGACGGAGAACCAGCAGAUAUGCGGCGUGAUCACCAGCAAUCCGAAUUUGACGCUUCAAGGGGCGAGACUGUUCAACUCGUCGAUACACAAAUUGUCGACGUCGUCAGGGCUGAAAUCGGACAACGUGGUGUGCUUGACGCCAACCGCCGCGACCAUAGCGCACACGCCCGAGAAGAAACCGUCACAAGAGACGCAAGUUCAUAAUGAGAAACCUGUUUCCAUUCAACCGGGCGCCACGAUCGCUCUUGCGUUCGCCACACAGUCGGAUGUCUCGAUGCUGAACGACGCUCAGCAACAACACCAGCAUCAGCAGAAGGACAUGAAGGAGGUGUCGACGGAUAUUAUCGCUGGCGGCAAGAUCAUCUCCCCGAAAACGGUCAAGAGAAAAAUCGACGACGCUGCUAUGGGUAUGUCGGUGAACGUUCCGAAAACCUUGAUCGCGUCCAACUCGGUCAUUUCGAGCAACGCAACCUCGUUACAGAAUAACGCGGCAAUUGAUUCUAUAUCCACGAUAGUGACCAGCAAGCAAUCGGGAGGAUUGGAUAACACGACGCAAUUCUUGGUGACCGGCGGUCCAAGCAGCUCCGACAGCCAAGAGUCAUCCGUGCAACAGUCCGCGGAGGGUAUCGACGUGUCCUGCAAAGUCGGGAACGGUCUGCUGUACGGGAACGCCAGGCUGCAAGAAGCUUGGGAACCGGAGGGCAAAGUCUCGCCCGACACACCGUGGCGAUACGUGCCCACAUCCGGGAACUCGUUGACCAUCGAGCCCCUGAAUUCACGAUACGCCGACAACACGGAGAACGUGCAGAGCGUUCUGCAGAUCAUCAACAAGGGUCAGGGUAUCGAGAUGGCAGGCGGUCAGAUCUAUCAGACGAACACCAAGAAAUACUUUAUGAACCACACCCUGGAACCGUUUCAACAGUAUUCGAAUAAAACGAACGCGAUGAAGACCCCCCUGAACCCUAGACUGGACCGGGAACUGUUGCAGCAGAAAAUGGAGAGGAAGGCGGCCGCGAUCGAACGGGAGAUGAGGCUGCAGAAGAGUUUAUCAGAGGAAUGUGAGGAUUUAGGUGUAGACGAGCCGAGUACCAGCGAUCUGUUCCCUGAGGCAGAUUUGUUAUUCGACACAAACCAUUCGCCGUCUUUCGAUCAUUCCUCCCAAGAUGCGUCAUGCAGUCAACCACUCGGGAUGAAGUCCUACAGCGGCUGCUAUUUUCGUUCCCUGGACUCGUCGAGCGGCAGCAGGGACGCCAGUCCAGUCGCCGACUUCAAGGUGAACGAGCGUAGAAAAAACACCAGCCAACGGACGAGAACCUCGAAGGAUUCAUCGAAGAGGUCGAAGAGGGACAAGGUGGAAGACUUGCAUCUCGAGAAUCCGGCUAAGCAUAUGCGAUUGACCUUGGACAAUUUGAGCCAGGACGAAGCGUCGAACAGCAAUUCCGAUAUCUCCAGGCUCUCGCCGUCGAAUCUGGGCUCGUUGGAGAACGACUCGCUGAAGGACACCGGUCGAACGAAGAUCGCCUCGAGGAACGGCUCGAAGGAAGGCUCGCCUAGCAGCGUAUCUAGCAUUCCAUCGAACAUGAAACUGGACAUCGACCUGGACUCCGAGUCUCUGCCAGCGACCAUCAACGUGAACAACGCGUCAGCGGCCAGUUCAGGGGACGAGAGUUUAACGUUGCUGAGCGGGACCACCGCUGACGUGACGAUACCGUCGCCCCUCUCGCCGAUCGCCGGCCCGAUGCUCUCCACGCACAAAUACACGUACACCAAUAAGAAACGGAUAUCGUCCAAGGUGACGAGGAUGGAUUAUCUGUCCUGGGAGAGUCCGAUGUCCGAAAGGACGAGAUCGAGCAGCGACGAGGAGGAUUCUAGCAUAAGCGAGUCGAUCGGCAGCCAAACCGAGGAGAACGCUCUAAGCAACGGCCUCGACGAUAGCGUUCAGAGCCUGAAAUCUCUGUCCAACGACCGUCGUUGCAGUUACUUGAAGAAAAAGGACAAACUCCAGGUGAAUGCCAGGGUGGUGCUGAAUCGAGCGGAUCAUAAUAAAUCUGGCGGUCUCUCGAAGCGUAUCAAGGCGAACGAGUCGAUCCAGGAUGCGGUGAUGGUCUCCAGUGACAAGGCAUCCGAGCCCUCGGAUGACGAGACCAGCAACAUCGCGUUGGUCGAGCCGGAUUGCAGAGCGAGACGGUCCAGUUUGCGUGGUCACGUGAAAAAGGGAUGCGCCUGUUGCAACGGAUCGCCUGAGAGACCGAAGAAGAAGUCCGUCAAGUCCGAAUACUCGAAGCUAAAGAAACGUUUGUCUUCGAAACAGACCGGUAAGAAAAGGUAGUCCUAGCGAUCGAAGGCUCGCCAGAGCAUCGUGUGUUCUAUCCUGAUGUCGGUACGCUCGUUCCUGCGACCUGGGACUCGAUCCGGUCCUAGGACUACGGAGAUGAUACGAAGAGAAGGAGGAGGCGAUGGUGAACGAGGAGGGAAGUUUAUAGACGGUUCGACGCAGCCUCGCAGCCUCCACAUCGACGACGGACGAAGCUAGAACCGAGGGAACAGAGAAGGCGCGGGACAAAAGGAACGCAUCGAAGGAUCAAGAGGAAAGUUCCCGCGACUCAGAGAUAAAAAACGAUCCAUAGAAAUAUCAAAGCUUGUACAUACGUAGUAGCGUGAACACAAGGGUUGUUAGCAAGAAUAACUUUUCUGGUAUCCAUCGUAACUUCGAUGUGCGUGCGCGUGCUUGUGUGCGUGUGUAUGUGUGUGUGCCUAUCCUCUCCACGUAGGCAAACAAUGAUGUUAUUCGCGAGACAGAGUUCUUCGUAAAAACAUGAAUUCACGCUGACAAUUCGUUUCGUUGAUCGAGAAGGAGAGAGAAAGAGUGAUCGAAAACGA